UGAAAACAUUCCAAGUUAUGCGUACAUUUGCAUCCCAAGCAUUGUAAACGCACUUCCCCAGCCGGGGUCACUACGCAGGGUCACAAUGACGUCAUCAAUCCCAUCACACCUUUGAAAGUUAUCGCCAUAUCCAGUUUGGGAAAAAAGUUUAUCUUCAAAUGAAUAGUGUUUGACAGUAUUCCUUUUAUAAUUUAUAGUGAGUUCGAUAUUAAUAAAACUAAGAAACGGCUUAAUGUUUACUUAUUAUUGAAAUAAUUUGUUUUCUUUCCUCAAUCAUAUUAAUUAGUAAAAGAAAUUAAUUUUUAAUGCAUUGACCGGUGUAAACUUAUCAGAAUAUCUUUGCGGAAAUGUCCAUCCAAACCUUUAUUCUGGGCGGACCUGGGACUUACAUUUAAUUUUAUAAUCUGAUUAAAUGGCCUCCCGUAACUAUAGCGUAACAGUUCCAAUCAAUGCUUAUAUUUAUAUGCCUACAUAUAGUGUUUAAUAUAUGAUUGUAAAGCUAAUACUGCAUAAUACUACUUGCAGUAGACUGAGUGAGUAAGCGUACUAAAUAAUAGUAAUAGUAAUGAGUAAUGUUAAUAACUAAUUAAUAAAAUAUAACUAUGAUUCAGUUCAUUCAGUUUCACUAGUCUGUAGUAGUAGUAGUAGUAGGCUGAGUGAGUGUACUAAUAAUGACUAAUAUGAAUAAUUUUUAAAUAUUAUGUUUCAGUAUGAUAUGCCUAACUUAUUUAACCUACGAUCAUUUAUAGUAUUUAAUUUUUAAUGAAAAUAAUUAAGAUACUUUUAGUUUGAUUGUUGCUGCUUAUACUUAUACUAUACUUAUAAUUAUAAUAUUAAAUUUAAAAUUUAAAUGGUGCUAUUACUUAAAAUUACUAUAAAUUUUGCUAUGAAUACUAAUGUAAAUGAGUUUGUUUACUAUGGUCCAGAGUCAGCACUUAAUUUUAACUGUAGCCUAAAUAAUAAAUGGGGCCCAUUAAUGCCAUCAUCAUUAUGAUGAUAGGCGCAAAUACUAAAAAUGGCUUGACGCAGGAAAAUGCACUUGACCAUUAUAGUUUUGGGUUAAUUCGGUUAAUAAAACGAAUGUAAGUAAAUUUUCAUUUUAAUAAAUUUCAUAUUAACUAUCAAUCGUUAGAUUUACUUUUUAAGAAGUAAAUAAUGCUCAAUGAAGAACCGGAAAGUCAUCAUGCAUAUCAAUCAGGACCAACAAUUGGUCUAUGAACAUAUCCAGUGUUGAGACACUUCUUGGCAAAACCAAUGUCGCAAACUACAUUUAUACAGUAUUAUUUUUAUGAUUCAUUUGCUUGUCAAAAAUGAGAAACUCCCAUACUAAAUACAUCAAGAGACCCUAACAAAUAUACAUUUUCUGAAAGUACAUUGAACAAUGUAUCUUAUAGUAAAUAGUAUGAUAAGAAUUUGUUUUUAUAUUAUGUAUGGUGAUAUUGACCUUUACAGAGUGAGUAAAAUUGUACCACUCAACUUCUGAAUUCAACUCAACAUAAUACUCCAUAACUUAUUCAAACUAUCAUAAAAUCACGUUUGUGAGGUGCUAAAUGCAAUAUUCUUUCAGAAAAUGUCAAGUUAUGGGUAUGAAAAUUGUAAUUUUGGUGAAUUUUGUUUUUUCAUUCACUACCUUCUAAUUUCUGUAUUUUAAAAAAUACAAAGGGAAAAGUACGAACUGAUUUUAAAAAUUCUGUUUCAAUUGAAGUCAUUAAAUCCAUUUUUUAUUCAUUAAUUUCAUUAAUAUUCCGGAACAUACAUAAACAUAAAAGUCUUUAAAUCUCUUUAUCAUCUUAAUUUUCUGGGGAGGGGAGAGCCUUCCCCAAAUGCCCCCCCCCCCCCCCCCCCCCCCCCCCCCCCCCCCCCCCCACCANCCCCCCCCCCCCCCCCCGUAAUGCCGGUACAAAAAAAAAAAAUUUUCGGGGAUGGAGACACCACUCCCCACUUUCAAUACAAAACUAAAAACAAGGAAAAACAAACUAUAGUCUACAGUAAAUUCAGAGAUAAAAAUCGAAAUCUUUGAAUAUGGAACUAUGCCCAUUAGUUGACCCAGGAACCUCCUUAACCUAUUUACAGUGGAAGACAUCGCUAGCCCUGCUGCUAAAUGCAUGUUAGUCGAACAAAAGUCCUGCACCAGAUGCAAUAGUUGUGCCUGCUUAGUGUGAACACCUCCAUGAGAUAUCAGUGUCUUGGAUUUUCAACAUGGAUUCAGCACUGUGUGGCUGGAACAAAUCCUAUGUGUGAAUGUACCUAAAUCUUAAUAUUUUUUUAAUUUCCUGAUAUUUAUAGUCCAGACCUCCACUAAUUGAAUCUAGCAAAAUGUAAACUUUAAAUUAAUACAAGUAAAGCCCAUAUAAAUCAAAUACUUUUUCAAAAUAUUUAUGGACAAGAUCAAGCCCAUUUAAAUUAUUAAUUGUUUCCCUAGGCUUAAUUAUUAAGAUUAUUAUUUAAUAGCACAAUCAAAUAGUAAAACCCAUUUAAACUUACAAACGCUAAGACUGUGAGUUUAAUGUAGGCAAGAGCUUCCCACACCCCCUAGCAUAGAAUUAAAAAGAUAAUACUGCAACAUUUACAACUGCAAUAUCCGAUUUAACGUAAAAUAUCAACACUAUCCAAAAAAACAGUGUUCAAGUUAAGUAUGUAAAUCCACCUAGUAAGAAGUUAUGAGGGGAUUUUAUAUGAUUCUGUGCAAAUAUGCAUCAAACGGCAAAACCCAAUAUAUCAAACCUUUAGAAGAGAAACAAUUUUUGUUUCUGAAUGUUAAACCUUCACUCACUUAGCUCUACUUUUUAAAUUCAACUUAAUAGUUUAUAUUAAGUCUCAUGUUUUUUUUUUUCCUUCUGAAUAUUUGCUUCCCAAAAUUGAAACUUGUGCCCAAGGACUUGAUUUUAGACCAGUUUUGGCACGACCUUAAAAUCAAAUGUGGUGUUAGUAUAGAUGGAAUAUGCCUGUAAAAUCUAUUUCAGAGAGUGGCCUUUUUGUCUGAUUAAGUGUAUGUUGUUAUCAGAAAACUAACAUUAAUCUUUACUAACUUUCUUCUUGAAAUAAAUUUGAUAACUAAGAGUUAUCUUGCUGAUAUUUUUUAGUAUCUAGGCACAAAUAUAUUCCUUAAUGACUAUAGCUCUUUAAGGAACUGAUGAAGAUGCAGCAUAUAAGCUUUAUACACAAAGAAAAUAACUUGACUUUAAUUCUUUUUUUUUUUUAUAUAUAGUCUCAAAUGAACACAAUGUAUCUUUCAGGAAACAGUUGCAAAAAAUACCAUAAUGUCAAAAACCAAAGCACAACAACCUGCUGUUAUACACAAAGUAAUUAUGGUGGGUAGUGGUGGUGUAGGAAAAUCUGCACUCACUUUACAGUUUAUGUAUGAUGAGGUAAGUUCUGUUAAAUGAUAUUUUUCUUUUAAUGUGUGAUAUUAGGAACAAUGCUGUUAUCGUUGCCAUGAAAAAUCCUCUACAGGAUAAUACUGAAUAGAAUAAAAGACAAUAUUAAUUCAAAUCUGAGAGAGGAACAAGGUGGUUUUAGGUGACACAUGAAAUAAAUAAAAUAACUACCCUAUACAUUAUUUUAGAUCAGUAGAUUUGAAAGGAAUGUCCCAAUUACAUCAAUUGUAUAGACUUUGAAAAGGCUUUUGCUCUUGAGACAGCCACUAUGGAAACCCCUCAUAGGAUUCCAUCUAAAAUUUAAUAAAAUAUACAUUACACUAAACAGUUACAAAUCCACAACUUCAAAACUACAAGGCUCACUAACAACAAGAGAUGAAACAUUUACAAAAAAACAAAACAACAACAUCUUCCUACUUUUGAAAAAUCCCUAUGCUAAUUAUAUAAGUCUGCGCCGCCCCCAACAAUUAAACGUGAUGCAAUUUUUUGGACCCUAAUCAUCAUCAUAUUGUAGUGAAAUUUCACUGUAUGGGGAGGUAUGAACAUUGCAAUUCUGCUUACAAUCCUCCAGGAUUGUGGAUUUCUAUAGUGAAUGUAAACACCCUCUCAUUAGCCUUGGAAAAAAUUUUUUUGCGAUGAGGCACAGAGCUUUGAUAAUUAUGCAAGUGUUGAGAUAGAAAAAAUUUUAAAAAUGUAAUCAGUACAGCGUCAGACAAAUUAAUACACCCUAUGUAAACAGCACCAAGAUUCCUGCAUAUUUUUAAAAGCAUACUGUUAAACUGUUAAUUUAUUGUACAGUUAGUGUUUUAUUCUUCUUCUUACAAUUGUGCCUGUAGAUAUUUCAUGUGACCCCCACCCCUGCCAAAAUUUACAGUUAGAACAUUGUUUGAACACUGUAGACUAUUCCAUAAAGAUAUUGGUAACAAUUACAAUUUUGUUAAUAGCUCAAUAAUUAUUUUCAUUUUUUAUCAUUAACACACACAACCCUCCACCCCCCAAUGAAGACACCCCAGUUUUUAUGAUUAAAUUAUUUUAUUUCUAUUAAGCUUAACAUUUAUUCUUUCUAGUUUGUUGAAGACUAUGAACCAACAAAAGCUGAUUCCUAUCGGAAAAAAGUUGUUCUAGAUGGUGAAGAAGUCCAGAUAGAUAUUUUGGAUACGGCAGGUCAAGAAGACUAUGCUGCAAUACGUGAUAAUUAUUUUAGAAGUGGAGAGGGUUUUCUUUGUGUAUUUUCAAUUAGAGAACAAGAAUCUUUUCAAGCAACUCAAGAUUUCAGGUAAUAUUUAUUUUUCUAAUGGUAACAAAUUCAAUCAUCAGUGUUUUGUUUUUUUAAUGAUAAUGUAAUAAUUAAUUUAGGAUUGUAUCUAUUAUCCCACUCCUUCCUAUAACCCUGUUCAGCAUCCUUCCAAGUUCCCAAACAUUCCUCCUUGUAUUGCCUUUCAUUUUUUUUAUGCUCAUUCAGUGCGCCUAGCAACCUUACUACCACAUAACAUGACUGCUAAAGCUUGCUGCUAUUCUCUGAAUGAAUUAGCUUUUGUUUCUAAGGCAAAAGAGUUAGAAAAACAAUAUGGCUUUUAAAUUUCUGGAUAAGUUUAUUAGCAAGUUUGGUUGAUCAAAUUUGUAUGUCUCCAGUUUUGAUUGUGUACCUAAUUUUGUUUCAGUUGUCAAUUUUAUGUCUAUGAGAAGAUAAGAUUAGAUUUUUUUUAAUGAUCAAAAUAAAUGGAAAUGUGUUUUGAUUACAUUGUAUAUAUUCUAUUUCAGAAUAUGGAUAAAUGUUCUGUUUAAUUAAGAUAACAAUUUUUGAACUAGAUAGAUGGAGACGUAAGACAUUUUAAGUAUUUCUCAAGCAUGAAAAUCAUUCAUCAGAUAUCGUAAAACCUCACUACCUAAUGACAAUAUUAACUUUAAGAGUGAUUUCAUAACAGCUGGGGAGCAAGCUGGUAAAUUCUGACAGAUUUAAAUGAAUUUUUUAUCUAUUAAGGGAAAAUAAUAUUGCAAUAUUUUGGCAGAUAUUCUCAAGAUUACCCCUUUUUUAUGACAGGGAUAUAGCAUAAUGUGGUGUGUAACCAACCUUUUUAUUUGUUGAUGUUAUUUCUUAAUUUGGUUAGUUUAGUUUUUCUGAGAUGAUAGCAGCAUGAGUUGUCCAAUUUUUCAUUCAUUGGGAUUUAGAGGGGAUGAUAGUUUAUUUCAUUAUUGGUGGAUGUAGGGCAGUUUAGGGUGCUGUCAAAGUUACCGGAUCAGCAUUGAAUUUUCUCUCAGUGAUCAUGUCUUCCCAUCAGAUUAUAAGGGGUAUCCUAUGUAUUAUUAUUAGGUUUUGUAUUGCGCAGUACCCCAGCCUAGGGCUAGGGUCACUGUGCAUCACAUAAAAAUUAGCAAUUACAGUAUUAGCAAGUAUACAUUUUAAAAAAACAAUUGGUGAAAAGCUUGACAUCACCCAUUCAAGUACUAUCUACCCCUGUCUAGCUGUUGGACAGCACCCAUCAGAAUUGAGCGCUGUUUAUCAGUCAGCAUGAGUCAGUAUAGUAGUUUGAAGAGAUUAAUCAUUAUAUAAUAUAUGUGCCAUUAACUCUUUCAACCCCCCCCCCCCCCCCCCCCCCACCACUAUUUUUUUCCCAGGCUGCACAUAUACUUUUUUUGUUCACCCCACUCCUCUCCAAAAAAAUUUAUUAUUUUUGCAGAAGAUAAUCACAUCUCUGUAAACCAUGUUAAAUAUGUGUCACUGGUUUUCUCCAUCUGUUUGACGAAUCCCAGUUAUUUCCAAAAUGUGCAGCUUUCUCACAGGGGGGCUGUGAAAUAUUACACAAUUUUCAUAAUUUGCUUUCCAAUUUCAAACUAAUGUGACAAGACACAACAUCUAGCGGACCUGGUGCAAACUCAUUUGAGUAAUUAUGGUUUGCAGAAGCUCUAAUGGUUACUAGAUGAAACUUAGUGUUUUGUUUAGAGGGUUGGGUAACAAUAAAACUCUUGUGGAAGUCACAUUUUAAAAAAUGUUUUCACUAUUUCAAAACAUACUUGUUUGAAUUUCACAGAUUUUUAGGUAAAAGAGGAAAUUAUUUGAGAUAUAUAUAAGCUAUUUAUAGAGUGUUAGAAUUUCAGGAUAGUUAUUGCAGCAUUUGUGCAUAUUGGAACAUACCCCAAUGCCUGUGUAUGCUAUAGAUGGCCCCGACAACACACAUUUAAAAAAGCAAUACAGAAUUUCUAAUAUAUAGUUGGUGGGUGAUUAAUCAACAUCAUCCACUGUUGCAAGGCUACAUUAGAUCACUUUGUCAACAAAAGUAUGACUAUGUUUUUGUUAUAAGCUUUGUUAUUUAACUGAGUAGUGAUUAAAAAUUAAUCAUAAGAUAACUAAUGUAUGAUCCUAUGGUAUCUUAUUGUCCUAAUGCUUUAAACCUUUUUUCACCAUAAAUUUCUAGGGAACAAAUUCUUCGUGUUAAAAAUGAUGAGAACAUUCCCUUCUUACUUGUUGGCAAUAUGGUUGAUUUGGCUGAUCAAAGACAAGUCAGUGUAGAAGAAGCAACUAGAAGAGCUCAGGAAUGGAAAGUUAACUAUGUUGAAACAUCAGCAAAAACUAGGGCCAAUGUAGAUAAGGUAAACAUUUGUUUUUCUUUCAAGUAUACCUUGUAUGUAAAAACAUUUUUUUAAUGGACCACUGAUGUUUUUUAUACUUAGAGAUUUCCAAUUAAAUUUCUACUCUGAUUUCCUCAUCACUAAUAAAAUUAAAUUUUGUUGAACAUUUUAAAAAAAAUUCCAAAUAGCUUAAAGCUUGGGAUUUAUCAGUUCCCUUAGUCUGCUAGUUAUGUUUGGUAUUUGGAAUGUUUUUAUUUUAAAGUAUGUGCAUAAAGUUCAUGCAUUAAUGGCAGUAAGAUUAUUCAUUAUUAGAACUGAGAAAUUUGUUAACAGUAUAAAAGUAUUGUCUUUAUGUCUGUAUUAUAAAGUUGUCUUGGUGCCUACCAAACUGAGAAGGUGUAUUUUAACGUCAUUAGCAUCCAUUCUAUGCUAUGAUGGAGGCUCAUUUUACAUUCUCAUACCAAUAUUAGAUUAUCUGAAUAUCUGAUUAAACCUGUGAUGAAGCCUGUGAUAUAUAAGCUAUAUAUAUGCCAGUUGAUGCCAGUUACUAUUUAAAUUUAGUAGAUAUCGUAUAUCAUCGUAUAAUCCACUGGAUAGGCUUUUUUCUUUUCAUAUUUCUGACAGGUUUUCUAUGAUCUUUUACGUUUGAUUGGCAAAUAUAAAUUGACACCUGCGGGCCGCAAGGCAUUAAGUCAAAAUGCUGCCAAUUUACCCUCAGAGACUACUGGGUGCAGUUGUGUUCUCAUGUAACAUUUUUGGGAAGUGGGUAUGGUAAACAAGGGAGUUCCUAAGAUAAACCCAACACCUACCUUGGCCAUAGUAUCAUGUCCUCAUGCAAGAUUACAAAUAUCACACCACUGCGCCCCCUCCCCCCCCCCCCCCACCCCCCNCCGGCUUAUCCUUGACCCGGUGCACAUCUUGUAAGCAUAAUAAUGGUUCUUUGGCCACCUACUAAUAGGAAAUUUGAUACAUAUUAACGUAUGAUUCUUGAGUUCUUUUAUUAAUCUAAACAAUACACCAAUGAAAUUACUUUAAAAAAUGCCCAUGCCUUUUCUUGUAUGGUAUCUUUAUACUUAACAAAGAUAUAUAUUCUUCAAUUGAAACCCUUUACUAUAAGUUUAAUGCCCUUGAUUCAGUAUUGAAAAAUCAAACUAUGUAACCAUAGUUUGUGUAUAAAUGUUGUUCUUUCACGAGUGGAAAGUUAAAAGAGCAUAGAUUAUAUAUUUUUUUGUCUUCAAAUGAAAUGUGUUAACUAGUUCUUUUUGAAAACGUUCUAAGAAUGGCCUAAUUUUUUAAUUUUUUUUCGGAUAGCUUUAAAUAAUAUCAAUACCUGGUCAAUAUGUCAAUUUAUAUAUAUAUAUAUAUAUAUAUAAAUUCUGGGACAAUUAAUGAAAGGUUGUUUCAUAUUUCAUAAAAAAAGAUUAGUUGAUCAAAUGGACAUUUCAAUACAAAUUUUUUAAAAUGGCAAACAGUAUUUAGACCAUUACCUAGUGAGAAAGUACCCCCCAAAAUUUUCACAUGAAAUAAUAUACUACAUUUUGUUGAGGACCCUAUACAAAAGAGGAAGAACAAUAUGAAAAUCUCCCCCCCCUCCCCCCCCCCCAAUUGUAACCCAAAGAUUUAACUAGAUAAACAGAUCUGUCAGAGGCCACAUGAUGUCAUUGUAGAAAGUGAACUCAAAAACACAGUGUAUAAUCUUGCUCCCCAAAAUUUUCACAUGAAAUAAUAUACUACAUUUUGUUGAGGACCCUAUACAAAAGAGGAAGAACAAUAUGAAAAUCCCCCCCCCCUCCCCCCCCCCCAAUUGUAACCCAAAGAUUUAACUAGAUAAACAGAUCUGUCAGAGGCCACAUGAUGUCAUUGUAGAAAGUGAACUCAAAAACACAGUGUAUAAUCUUGCAACUUAAAUAAAAAUAUUUUAGUACCAGCUUUUCAGAUGAAAAUAAAAUGCAUAUUCUUUACCUUGAAUAUUAAAAAACAAUUUUUAAAUUUAAUGUUUUCUUUUUUCUGAUAUAUUUUCAAAAGCAAUAAGAAUAUUUUAAAUUACACUGGCUCCUUCUGACCACAUUAAAUGAAUAUUUUACAUAACAUUAAAUACAAGGGUUUGCAGAUCAUGGGGUAAUUUUCCCAGACCAAGUGCUAGGGUUAAAUGUUUAAUAAUUGUUGGAGAAUUAAUUAAUAAUUCUCACUCAAUGAUGAUAAUAAUUAUUAAUUCCUCAAACAGUAGCCCUAUAAUUGUUAUAAAGUAUGUUAUAUUAAUUUCUAUAUUUUCGUUUUCAAAGCACAGUUCAUAUUUUCAUUAUAAGUAAUCAGUAGCCGAUUGAUCGUCUUUUACCUAUAUGUCAAUGCAGAGUAUUGGUAACCAGCCAAAUUGUUUAUAGGUGCAACCCUAGUAUGAAACAGUGUUUUGGAAUGUUUUCUUAACUGAUAAGUACCUUGUGUAUACCCUGAUGCACAUUUCCUGGCUCCCAAAUUCACCUUCAACCCUUUCCUUGUUAAGUACUCUUAAUUACAUUAUUAUGUAAUCUGAUGGUCAAUUCAUUUAGUUUAAGUGGUAGUCCAAUCUAUCAUUAUUUUUGUAAAUAUCAAAUAUUGAAUUAAACAUGUAUAAAAGUUAUUAUAUUCAUGAAGGAAUAACCUAUAUUAACUUUAAAUGUGUUAUCCAUUUCCAUUGUGUUUUUUUGCAUUAAGCUUUUAGUACAUUGAGGCUACUUUUAGCCAAAGAGACCCUAUUUUGUUGGCUCAGUCAACUAUGUUUGUGCGUUAAAUGUACACAGCAAAAAUUUUUCUUCAUUUCCAUCAAACUUAAACAUAAAUUGUGGUAUUUUAAUAUGUACACUUAAGGCGAUUCAGAAAAAUUAUUUUAUUUUUUUAGCUUUGCAUUUAACUUUACACAAUGAGAGUAGGUCUGGUUCUGUCAUAAUAAUUCCAGAUUCAAUUUUAAAAUUGGCAUUGGCCUUCUGAUUCAAAUAUUAAAUUAUCAUGGGGAACUUUUUGUAAGUAGUAUAAACCUUAAUGGACUUCCUAUCAUCCUGUAGAACAUUUACACUCCACUUGAUUGCUACUGAAAGAUCCAUUGUGCAUACUGAUUAAACUUAUAUAAAAUCUAUACGUAUAUAUAUAUAAAAUCUAAUAUAAUUCUGACAGUUGCAGUUGAUACCGAAAUCCUAAAAAAUUUUAAUUUAUACUUUAAUUUUGCUAGUUGCCACUAUCAGUAUUAAGACACAUUGGAAAUAUUUAUUUAUUCCAUUUAAUUGGAAUGGUUGGUCAUUGUUAAUUAUUUUUAAAGUUUUUUCAUUUAUCUCUAUAACUAUAAGUAUUCAAAAUGAAUAUCAAUUUUUUUUUAUUCCCUUUUUUUGUAAUAUUUGUAAUAAGACUGUAAUAUAUAUAUAUAAAUACACAAUGAUAUAUUGUAAAACAACAUUUGAGAGCUGUAUUAUAUUUAAAAAAUAUUGCAUAUUAAAUAUUCUUUAAACAAUUUUCUUAUUUGGCAUAUAAUUGACAUAUUUAGACAUUAAAAAAAUAAUGUAUCAAAUUAUAUAUUAAAAGUUGGUCCCAAUUUUUUUUUUUUUAAAGAUAAUCACUGCUUAAUAUUUUCACAUUUGCCCCUUUCACCUAUUUUUGUUUUGUUUUAUUUAAAAUUACAUUGUAUUUUACAGGUGUUUUAUGACUUGAUGCGUGAGAUACGUUCACGUAAAAUGGAAGCAAGCAGGCAGAGCAAUGGUAAACAGAAAAAAAAGAAAGAGAAUGGAAAAAAGAAAUGUUUCAUUUUAUAGGCAACUGGAGACAUUAACAUUAACUCAUUUUUUUAAUGCACUAAACACCAUCUAGACCGUAUUGAAAAUAAGAAAGUAAUAAAAGUAGUAAAUGAAUCAAACAUUGCAAUAUUUAACUUCUUAUGUCUUGUUUUUCAUUUGGCUUUUCAUUUGUUAUUAUUGCAAAUUAAAUUUUAGCUUUUAUGUUUUUGUUAAGUUAGGCUAGUGUUUUUUUAUUUUUUUUAUUUUUGGCUGUUAUAAUUAAUAUUGUUUAGCAUGGCAGCUGCAUAGUGUAAUUUUAUAUUUUUUAAUAAUCUAUUUGUGAUUGAAGCUAGUGCUUAAAAAUUUGGACAUAUAUUCAUGUCCUCUGGAAUUAGUUUAUUUUAUACUUGCCCCAUUUUUUUAAAAAUUAAAAAAUUACACAAAACCUUAUCAAUAAUUAACUCUCUCACAAAGACUCUACUUAUUUUUUUCCCUCCCAUUGUUACUCAAUAUGCAAUAUUAAUAUUUAAUUUAUUUAGUUUAUUCUUUUUUUUUUUUAAAGUGAAUCCAAUUCAAUUAGGUUGAAUAUGAGAUAUCAUGACAUUGCAAAGCUUUUGCACUUGCUUGUUACCCAUGAAAUGAAAUAUUAUGUUAUAUGUGUUUCCUUUGUGCUACUCAAUAUUUAAAUAACUUAAAUGAAUUGGAUUUAUGGAAUGAAUGAAUAUGUAAUUUAUUGUUGGCAUUUUUAGCAAUAAGCUAAAGGAUAAAGUAAAUUCUUUAAAAAAUAAAAUUGAAAUUAGAUGUAUAUGUUUACAUGUAUAUUUAAGGAACUCUAAAUGAAUCUGUCAAUAAUGCUUAGAAUAGAAACCAACACAUCUUUAUCAGAUUCUGUCUUGGUUCAAUCAAGUGCUGCCACUGGGGUAUAAAUACUUAAAUAAUUAUAAUUCUCUUGAUAAUUGAUGCUGCAAUCAGAUGGAAAAAAAAUUGAUUAAAAAUAUAUAUUUUAAGCACCUCAUUGAAGUGUUUUAAUAAUAAAUGAUUUGUUACCUUUAGAGGCUAGAAAUUCUAGGCUUUGGUAUGAAACAGGAAAGUUAGCACAGCUCAUUUUAAAUCAUAGUGUUGAAGAUGUCAUUUUUUAAAAUCUAGAAAUAGAGUGAGAGGGUUUUUUUCCUUAGUUUUUUUAGGCCUUCAAAGACUGACUGUGAUUGCUGUGGCCUUUUUAAUGCAUAUUGAUUAAACUGAUGCUGAAUUUGUACCACAUACAUGUCCAGAGCUAAGCCAGAAAUGCUACUUUUGUGUGUGCCAGAUCAAUGUUUAACAUGUUGUUAAUUUUCUGUUUUAAAAAUCAGAUGUACACAUCUGUAAAUGUUGAAUUUGACUAUGACCAAGUGGAAAUCCCUUCCAAGCAGCAAAUUGACAGGUGUUGUAAAGUUGACUGUUACAUCCAAAGAUUAUUCCUUAAGUAGAAUAAAUUGGGAAAACUGGAUGAUAGGGACAUUACACAAUUCAGGAGACGUAAUAAAAUACCUAUUUUGGUUGUAAAUGUUAUAAUUGUUUCCAUAGUUGUACAAAUAUGUACAUUUUUUUUACUUUUCAUGUUUGUCCACAUCUAUUGCAAGAUUGAAAUGAAUGAUAAAAUAAAAAUGUGUUGAGUGGUUGGUGUGCCAUAGUUUUUUUAUAACUGUUCCCUCUUAUUGCUGCAACAGUAUUAAGCAGUCCUUCAUUUCAGUAGUGAUUUGUUCUUAGUAUAACUGUCAAAGCUCAACGAAAGCAGUUAAUUCUUUUGAUGAAAGAAUCAGUUUAGAUUUUAACCUUCUUUUAACAAAGUUUAAAAAUUAUUUUUUUUUAAUAUAAAUGAUAUUUUGAAUGUUAUAUACCAUAUUUAUUGGAGUAUAACACGCACCUUUUCUCCCUGAAAAUAGGGGGCCAAUGAUGUGUGCAUGUUAUACGCCGAUAUAAUGUUUAUUUUUUUACCCUGAAAUUUCCUUCUUAAAUUGAGGUGCCUCUUAUACGCGGGGGCGUGUUAUACGCCAAUAAAUACGGUAAUUAACAUUUCUCGUGACAGCACCACCAAGGUUUUAUUAAAGUGUAAAUUCCAUAACCGUAUAAUUAUUACUAUCAUAAAUUACUUUGAAAUGAUGUCAUCCUGGCAUGGAAUUCACCCUGCUCAAGAAUGGUAAUUUUGGCCUAAUUGUAGAACUAACAUAGAUGGGGGGAAAAAAAAUUAAUGACCUUAAAUGACAACACACUGUCAUGCAUUUCUGUUCAAAAUACAAGACUUUCCUGUAUCUAAAAAUUAACUUUAUCUAAAUGGCUCAAAUUAAACUGCUAUACAUCGGAAUAUAGCCCCUCCUUUUAUUUUAUACGAUAGAAAUUUUUUACGAAAUUGAUGUCAUGAACUAGUCACAAUUUUUUAAAAUAAAAAUUUAAAUUAUAAGUCUAUCUGUGUCUUUUGAUACCUGCAAUCUAUCUUCAUGAAACUUGAUAACAGAAUUUAUUUAUAACUUUGUUUUCAAAAAAAUAUCCUGAUUUAAAAUGGUUUUAACUUAUCAAUGUCAUUUAAAGGAAAUGUUUUCAGACACAAUUUAAGUUACUAAGAAAGAUUAUUUGUAUCAGGAAGAUAAUUAAGGUAUUAGGUGAUUGUUUUUGAACAUUUUCAGUUGUGAAAAUAAAGCCUUAGAAAAGUCUUGUUUUUCAAAGCUUACCUCUGUAAAAUGUGUGCCCCAUGAUCAGGUAGCAAAGUUGCUUUUUAUGCUGGUAUUUCUUUUAUAUCAGUGUCUGGCAGUCAAGUAAAAGCAGUUUAAUUGUGAGUUUAAUGUUAUCCUUUUAAAAGUCAUGUUCAUUAUGAAUAUAAACGUAAUAGUUUUUUUUCAAUUUGUUAAAAGUUGCAUUUUUCUUUUACACUGAUUCCUAAUGUACAGCUUCCAGAAUAUUUUUUAUUUUCAAUCAUUCUUCAUUUACUGUAAAGCUUGGUAAAUAUUACAUCCAUGCUUUGUGUAUCCCUGAUGGUAUGUUACAAAUAUACUUAAUUGACUGAUUAUGUUUUCACACUCUGAUAGACUUCACAUUUUGUGUCGACUUUUUAAUUUACCAUUUUGAUUACUGUAAAAAAAAAAUUCAUCGUUUGUGCCCCCUGAAAAUAUAAAGUAAAGAAAUUUGAUUAUAGUAUAGCUACGGCAUACGACAGACGGGACCAUAUUGCACCAAGUGCAUUUUAGUAGUCGCUUAAUAUCAAUAAAAGCAAAAAAUAGCUUUGAAUUACAGUUACACAAAAUAAUUUAAAAACGAUUUGCAGCGUUUAAGUUAACAGUUGCAAUUUAGUGACUGCUUUUACCAAUUAUUAAUUAGGUUGUGCUUUUAAUGAAGAGAUACAUCAAAAACAUUGUCUUUUGUAUUAUCUAAAAUCCCUGUAGGUAACAAUACAAAAAUUUACAUAAAAUCAAAGGACCACAAAUGACUGUAUGGUACUGCAAUUAUAUGUUAACCUGCAUUAUCUCCUAACUGGGAAGAAGACAAAUUAUUUCUGUAUUAGUUCUAUCCAAAUUUUAAGUAACAAAGUUAUCAUUUGUAACUUAUGUUUAAUACUGAUAAACUUAUUAUUAGUACUAGUUGUUUUUUUUGUCUUCAUUUUAGUUAAAGGUAUUUAUUUUGUAGGAGUUAAAUUAAAAUGGGAUAGUAUAGGCUGUUAAAAAAGCAAUUUUGUUAACUAAAUGUCUGAAUUUAUUUGUAAAAAUAUACCAAAAUUAUAUUGUUUAAUACCAAAGGCUCAGGACAGCAGAUUUUGUAUUCAAAAAAAUUGUUGCCACAUUCAUUUUUUAAAAGUUUUUCAUUUGUAAAGGUACAAGGACAAAUAAAAAUACUUCAUUGUAUAAAUAAUAAAUCGUAUUAUUGCUCUAAAGUAGUGAUGCUCAAAAUUAUUACAAUGUGAUUGGUGGUUAAAAAUGGUACAGAAAGUACUAAUCGCAUUAUUAAUCAAUUAGUUUUCCAUAAAAUGUAACACAAAAUAGUUAAGAAAAAGUUUACCAUUCUUUGGACCUCCUUGGAAAAUGAAAAAUAUUAUAUUUGUGUAAAUUGGUAGCUGAGAUUAGAUUAAGUUAUUAGAAUAGUCCAUUGUUUGCAGAGUUAUUUAUUUUAUUUAAGAGAAUCUAAUUAAUUAAAUAGGUACUGUAGUUAAAAUAAAUGAGGUUAUCAUAAGAACACAAACACAGUUAUCAAAUAAUGCUUAAUGAUUCAUUGGAAAUGAUGCUUUAAAUCUUUUAACUACUUUGGUUAAAAGGAACAUCUAAACUUGCAUGUGACAUGUCUUUUUUUAUUUAUUAAAUCCAAACUUUUUAAAGUAAUUUUUGUUUAAGUUGAUGAGUGUGCCAUUGCAUUGCACUAUGUGUUGAACUGAUGUGCUAGCCUAAGCCAAGUGUGUUUGUUGCAAGUAUGAAUUUAUUGUAAGCCUGUAUUUGACUUCCCAAUCCACUUAAGCAUCAUCCUUUCAGAAAUCAUAAGUGGAUAUUCAUUUUUUUUUAAAUGUGUAUAAAGCUUGUAAUUUAUAAUGAAGAGCACUCAUCUUAAUAUCAUUGUAUUUCAUUCAAUUGUUUUAUACCCAUUUAAUGUGUUGUUUUAUUGUAUUUAUUUCAUAUAUAUAUUAUAUAUACAAAACAUAAUAUUAAAAAUGACAGUGAACAUGCCUUUGACUUAUCCAUUUUGUAACUGUAAUACUUCUUUACAGUUUAAACUAAUUAAAUUGAUAAUGCAUCCCCUGAACACAAAUAGGAUGCACAUAGAAGAUAAAAACUAACCAUUUUUCACAGGAUUUUUAAAAAUUAAAUUGGUUGUGUAAGAACACAAGUCUUGUUAAAAAUGUAUGAUUUUUGCAGAGCUUUACAAUUAACUAAAAAUUAAAAUUCAGUACGACUUGUUUUUCCACAAUUUAUUGGUAAAAAUGAUACUUAAACUAUAAUAUAUAUUAUAUAUGUAACAAGUAUAAUAAAAUUUCAGGCAAAUGAAAA